AUGUCUGCAGCGCUGCUCGCUCUCUGGUUUUGGGUUGUCGGCGUCCAUGCUGCUCAGACAGGUUCUAAGUGCGGCGAUCCUCAGACGAGGAACCCGAUGGUUCAGUCUCUGAGGGUCGUUGGAGGAACCGAAGCCACGUAUGGAUCCCACCCAUGGCUGGUUUCUCUGCAGAACAGAGGUUCUCAUUUCUGUGGCGGCUCCAUCCUGACGGACCGCUGGAUCCUAACAGCUGCUCACUGCUUCACAUCUGUAUCGCGAGAGUUUCUCAACGGCGUGAGAGUCGUGGUUGGGGAGUUUGAUCGGAGAAAACAAGACGAAGAAGAGCAGACCUUCCUCGUCAAGUCCGUCUCGGUCCACGAGAAGUUCAAUCACGUUCUGCCGAUGCAGUUCGAUGUGGCUCUGCUGCAGCUGGACGGACGCAUCGACAUGGGCAGGUUUCACUCUGGAGCUUCGUUUGGAGCUCGUGUCCAGCCGAUAUGUCUACCUUCACCUGAUGAGAACAUUCCUCCUCGGACCAGCUGCACUGUGGGAGGAUGGGGCAGGAUGAAGGAGAGUAUGGACCCUCCUGACUUUUAUAUAGAAAUCUACAAGUUCAACCAACCGGACCUCCUCAGAACCAGCUGGUUCUUCAUCCACAGAGGUCGCCUUCCUGCAGUGCUCAGGGAGGUCCGGUUGGAUUUGGUGGAUCCAGCUCGAUGUAAAUACGUCCUGCAAACUGUGAAAAGUUCAGUUCUGAACCAGAAACAGGUCCGAGCUCAACCAGCCAUGACUGUUGUGUGUGCCGGACCGGAGCGAGGAGGCAAAGACGCCUGUCAGGGGGACUCCGGCGGUCCUCUGGUAUGUCCGGCCGGGUCCGGGUCGGGCCGCUGGGUGGCGCUGGGCGUCACCUCCUGGGGGAAAGGCUGCGGUCGGAGCUGGGGGGACAACGCCGGCCGUCCCCCGUCCAGGAGAGGCUCUCCGGGGGUGUUCAGCGACGUCCGGCUGCUGCUGCCCUGGAUCAAGCUCCGGCUCAGGGAGGCUCAACAGGAAGUGACUUCAUCCACGGAUCAGGAAGUGGUUUUGUAA